GAAAUGAACCUUAUCCCUCAGACGGCUACCGAUUUCCCGCACCUCCCUUCUUUCUAGACCUCCGACUCCUCUUCGUUAGGGAAAUGCUUGCUCGAAUUCCGGCUCCUCCUCAUCUUACGCCGCCGCUGAUCCAGAACCAUCACUUCCCAUCCUCCUCCCUCCGAAGCGCCUAUUCUCCUCAGACUCGACUCUUCCUUGCCCUACGCCGCCCGAGUAGGUGCGUUGUGCCGCAGGCAGUGGAUGCCUCUGGGCGCCGCCAAUACGACCGGAUCCCAAUGGAUACGGCCGGCGCUUACCGUCUGGUCGACCGAGAGACCGGGGAGACGUUCAUCGUCUGGGGAGGCUCCGAUGACGACGACUCAUCCGUCCCGUCAGAAAAGGUCCUGUCUUGGCGCCCUGGCGCAAAUGACGAGCGGAAGGUUGCUGAGUUUUUUGAAACCCCAGGAGUUAAUGCAAGUCGUCCUGUUGCUGAGAUUGAAAAUAAGAAAGUUGCAUCUGCUAGUGACUCUCUUAGAAGCUUUGGGAGAUUGAAGGCGCAGAAGUUGAAGGCCUUGAUUAAAAGAUCCUCAAAGAAUCGUGCAGACAAUUCUCAAGUUGGAAGUGAAAAGGACGCUGAGGGCAUUGUUAAUCACAACGAUUCCUUAGGUGGUACUAGAAGAUCAGCUGAUCUGCACCAGGAUGCUGAUUUGAAUUACAAUUCAAGGCGUAAAGAGGUGAAAGGCACAGAUUCUCCAGAAAUUUAUUCUAGAAAAGAUGAUGGUGCAUUGUCUCGAGAUAGUUCUUUUCCUCUUAGUUCCUUCAAGGGAUGGGGAAGCACUACUACUUACCUGACCAGUACAGGUAGCCAGUUGAAGCGACAAAAAAAUGGGGCUGCUGAUAGUGGAUUUUUUAGCAGGAAAUCCUUCAUAGAUAUUGGUUGCAGUGAUGACAUGGUUGAAGCUCUGAGAAGCCUUAGGUAUCUUCGCCCAUCUCAUAUUCAGGCAAUGGCGUAUGAGCCUAUUUUAGGUGGAAAGAGCUGUAUUAUUGCUGAUCAGAGUGGUUCGGGUAAAACAUUAGCUUAUCUUGCUCCAACUAUACAAUGUUUGAGACAAGAAGAACUGCAAGGUCUGUCUAAGUCGUCAUCCAAGAGCCCGAGAGUAAUAAUAUUGGUGCCUACUGCAGAGCUUGCUUCACAGGUUCUUAGUAAUUGCCGAUCGAUAGCAAAACAUGGUGUUCCAUUUAGAUCAGUCAUUGCAACAGGUGGUUUCCGACAGAGAACUCAGUUAGAGAAUCUUAAUGAAGAAUCUGAUGUUCUUAUAGCAACACCUGGCCGAUUUAUUUAUUUACUUCAAGAAGGCUUUCUGCAGUUAACCAACCUUAGAUGUGUUGUGUUGGAUGAAGUGGAUAUCCUAUUUAAGGAUGAUGGAUUUGAACAAGUUCUUGAGAGCUUGAUUAGUUCUGCACCAGUGGUAACACAAUAUCUUUUUGCCACUGCAACUCUUCCCGUUGAUAUCUACAACAAACUUGUUGAAAUAUUUCCGGAUUGUGAAGUGAUCAUGGGACCUGGCAUGCACCGGACAAGCUCUGGCCUUGAAGAGGUUCUUGUUGACUGCAGUGGAGCUGAUGGCGAGGAAAAGAAUCCAGAAACUGCUUUUCUAAAUAAGAAAUCUGCUCUUCUGCAGUUGACAGAAAAUACACCAGUUCCUAAAACUAUUGUUUUCUGCAAUAAGAUUGAAACUUGCAGAAAGGUUGAGAAUGCCUUGAAUCGAUUUGAUAGAAAAGGAACACAAAUCAAAGUCUUACCCUUCCAUUCUGCCAUAGCUCAGGAAAUGCGCUUAGCAAACAUGAAAGAAUUUCUCACCUCACGUUCCAAGGACUCCAUGAUUUUAAUCUGCACAGACAGGGCUUCGCGGGGCAUUGACUUUGCAGGCGUUGACCAUGUGGUUCUCUUCGACUUCCCUCGUGAUCCCAGCGAGUAUGUCCGUCGUGUUGGGCGGACUGCUCGCGGUGCAGGAGGCAAGGGAAAGGCUUAUGUGUUCGUUGUUGGCAAGCAGGUUUCCUUAGCCAGGAGGAUCAUGGAAAGGAAUAAGAAGGGUCACCCUUUGCACCAUCUGCCUUGCACAAGCUCCAAUCUAUAAGCUACCGGCAACUACUAUGUUCUUCUCUAUAUUUUUCAAAGAUGCGCGUUCCUUUUGUAUUGGUAGCAACUAACAAAGUAGGCGAGAGGUUUCGAUAGACUUUAGUUGGAACUUUUUUUGGGAAGCCCAUGGCCAUGAAUCCUUCGAAGCUAGAGUUGAAUUACUUGUAUGGUCUGUGUUUUUGAACACAAACUCAAGGGUUGAACUGCUCAAUCUGUAAUUCAGUUUGCAAUAAGUUAGAUGUGUAAAAUAUUCAAUUUUAAAUGUGUUGCUAAAUAUAUGAGAAAUUUAUA